AUGGCUAAAGCGUAUAGAAAAGAAGAUUUUGAUUACAUUAUGUCAAAGGUUGGAAAGGUUGAUCCAAGGGUUAAGGAAUAUUUGAAAGAACCUGGUUAUGAGAAAUGGUCUCGAUGUCACGCCCCUGUUAAUAGAGGUAGAAUGAUGACCUCUAAUAUAGCUGAAUGUAUUAAUGGUUGUUUGGUAGAGGCUAGAGUACUUCCUAUUUUAGGUUUCCUUGAAGAAGUGAGGAUUCUAUUUGCUGCAUGGAAUUGUAAGAACAGUGAAAUUGCAUCUUAUACAAACACACCGCUUGGGAGAAGAUUUCAAGAAAUACUAACUGAUAAUGGGGUUAAAUCGUUGCGGAUGACGGUUAAAGCAACUGGUAAUUAUCUGUACUGUGUGUAUGAAUCAAGAAGGAGGUACAUUGUUGAUAUUGAGCAUGGCACGUGUAGCUGUUGUCGGUAUCAAAUUGAUGAAAUUCUAUGUGCACACGCAAUUGCGAUUUUGAAGAGUAUAAAUAUAGAUGUAAAAGAGUAUGGGCGUUACUAUUCAGAACUGUACUAUCCAAACACCAUUGUAAAGACGUAUGAACUCCCCAUAAUUCCUAUGUCAGAUAUGAAAUAUUGGAUUGUACCAGAUUUUGUUGAUGCAGAUGAAGUCUUGCUACCCAAAUACAGAAGACCUCCCGGGAGGCCAAAAAAAGGAAGACAUUUGAAAUCUAGUGAAUCACUUAUAAGUUCAAACCAUUGCGGUAAAUGCGGGCGUGCAGGCCACAACCGUAGGAAGUGCAGUUUAUUCCCUAAAGAAAGUUGA